AUGGCUGGUAGAAACGAUGUCGUGAUUGCUGCUACUUUGGAGGCUAUGGCUCAGGUUUUGGAAAAUCAACCAAAUGCCAAUGAGAAUGCUGGAUCUCGUAGUUUGGCGAUGAUCCAGAGGGAGAAUCCACCGGUUUUCAAAGGAAAGCAUGACCCUGAUGGCGCAUUGGAAUGGUUGAAGGAGAUUGAGAGGAUUUUCCGUGUGAUGGAUUGCACUCCAGCGCAGAAGGUUCGUUAUGGUACUCACAUGCUAGCAGUCGAAGCUGAUGACUGGUGGCUAGAGACUCGCCAGAUAUUAGAGGUGGUAGGUGAAGAGAUCACUUGGGAUGUGUUCCACAGAGAAUUCCUGAGAAAAUAUUAUCCUGAAGAUGUUCGGGGUAAGAAAGAGAUUGAGUUUCUUGAACUCAAACAGGGGAAUAUGUCAGUGACUGAAUAUGCUGCAAAGUUCACUGAGUUGGCUAAGUUCUACCCGUAUUAUGAUGGAGCAGGUGCUGAGUUUUCGAAGUGCAUCAAGUUUGAGAACGGAUUGCGCUCUGAGAUCAAGAAAGCAGUUGGGUAUCAGAAGAUUCGUAUCUUCCCUAAUUUGGUUGAUAGUUGCAGGAUCUUUGAAGAAGAUAGCAAUGCUCAUUUCAAGGUUGUUACUGACAGGAAAGGUAAGAAUCAGCAGAACCGUGGAAAACCAUAUGAUGCUCCAACUGGUAAGGGUAAACAGAGAGUUACUCAGGGCCAGAGAUCUAGUGGGGGAGGUGCUCCUCCUAAUGUGACUUGUUUCAUUUGCGGGAAACCUGGCCAUAAGAGUAGUGUGUGCAACACUGAGGUGAAGAAAUGUUUUCGCUGUCGUAAGAUGGGACAUGCUAUGUCAGAUUGUAAGCAUAAGGAAAUGGUUUAUUUUAACUGCGGUGAAGAAGGACACAUUAGAAAUCAGUGUUCGAAACCAAGGAAGGCACAAGCUGGUGGAAGAGUGUUUGCUUUGGCUGGAACUCAGAUACCAAAUGAGGACAGACUUAUCAGAGUUGAGGUUCUAGCUAAAGGAUCGGUGACUACUUCUCUAGUAUGUUUGAAGUGUCCUUUGUCGAUCUUCGAUAGGAACUUCGCUGUUGAUUUAGUUUGUUUGCCGUUAAGUGGGUUGGAUGUAAUUUUUGGGAUGAACUGGUUAGAGUAUAACUAUGUUCAUAUUAAUUGUUAUAAUAAGACUGUGAGGUUUUCAACUGCUGAAGAGGAAGAAGCUGGUUUGGUGUCACCAAAACAAUUACGACAGUUACUGAAGGAAAAAGCUGAGAUAUUCUCAUUGAUGGCAAUAAUGUCAAUUGAGAAUCAAGCUAUAAUUGAUGAGUUGCAGGUGGUGCGUGAGUUUCCUGAAGUUUUCCCUGAUGAGAUUCCUGAUGUACCGCCAGAAAGAGAGGUUGAAUUUGCAAUUGAUCUUCCCAGUCAGACAGAAAUAAAAGAAGGAGAAUGCGUUAGGAGAAGGGUUGGACAGUUUUGGGUGCGAAAAUACAUGGGAGAAGGUGGAAAACUCAUAUUGGAUGCAAAGAUUGAAGGUUUCUAUGAGCUUUUGCCAUUGAAGAUCUGA